CUCACGGUUUAGUUGAGCAACUGAUGAGAGGGUGGAAGGGUCCCAACCAAGCCUAGAAAUAAGAAGAAAACAUUCUCAAAUGGAUUCCCGUGGAAUUAAGCGCUUGUUGUUUUCCUAUGUAUUAAUUAACGGUAUAUUUAUUACACUGCAAACUAAAGAAGAGGUGCUGUUGGAUAUGAGGGCAUCAGGGAGUGAGCUAGGCUGGCUGACCUGGCCCUAUGAACAAGGAUCCAAGCAAGGGUGGGAGGUGGUCCAGAGGAGUCUGAAUGGCUCCCAGUUGUACACCUACUCUGUGUGUAAUGUGGGCGAGCAUGAGCAGGACAACUGGUUGCGUACCACCUUCAUCCAGCGCCGCCCGUCGGCCUCUCGCGUCUUCGUGGAGCUGCAGUUCAUUGUGCGUGACUGCAACUCAUUUGAUGGCUCGUCGCUCACCUGCAAGGAGACCUUCAACCUGUUCUCCUCUGAGUCGGACGCCGACAUCGGCACCAGCUUCCGCAAGGGCCAGUUCAAGAAGGUGGCCACCAUCGCGCCGGACGAGAUCACCAGCCGAAAUGAGCUGCGCAUCAACACAGAGACACGGGUGGUGGAGAGCCUCAGCAGGAAAGGCUUCUACCUGGCCUUCCAGGACAUUGGGGCCUGCAUGGCGCUGCUCUCUGUCAGGGUCUACUACAAGACCUGCCCGGCCACCGUCAAGAGCCUGGCAGCCUUCCCUGAGACAGUGGCGGGUGGGGGGGUGAACCAGGCCCUGAGGGAAGUGGCGGGGGCCUGCGUGGAGAACGCAGUGAGUGAGGAGUCGCCCCGCAUCUACUGCACGAUGGACGGAGAGUGGGUGGUGCCUGUUGGACAGUGCCAAUGCAUGCCCGGCUACGAGGCCUUCAACGACACAUGUCGAGAUUGUCAGCCAGGCUUCUUCAAAGAGUUUGUGUCCAACAACCAAUGCGAGCUUUGUCCUGUUAACACCAAGCUGCUGAGCUCCGGGGCACUGCUCUGUCCGUGUGCAGAAGACUUCUAUCGUGCUCCCGAUGAUCCAACUACAGGGCCCUGCUCAGGCCUGCCCUCAGCACCGCGAGAACUGGUCGCCACGACCACCCAGCUGGCGGCGGGCAAGCUGCAGCUGUCAUGGAGUCCGCCGGAGGACACGGGCGGCCGCAGUGACAUCAGCUACAGCGUGGAGUGCCGUCGCUGCGAGGGCACCGCGUGCCAGCCAUGCGGGGAGAAGGUGCGCCUCGAGCCGGCCAGCUCAGGCCUGAUGGACACCAAGGUGGCAGUGAGCGAGCUGGAGCCCCACCUCAACUACACGUUCACCGUGGAGGCCCACAGCGGAGUGUCGCUGUUCGCCAGCCAGGGGGCGCCACGCUCCAACAGGCCCCCAUCCACCAGCAUAUUGACCACUGCCCUGCACUACACAGACCCGCCCAAGGUGACGUCCAUGCGUCUGGACGAGCGGAGCCUCACCAGCGUUUCCCUGUCCUGGGCUGUAGCGCCCCGCAGGCCCAUGCCCCAGCCCACCCGCUACAAACUCACUUACCGCAAGAAGGAUGACAAUCUGGAUGUGACCACGUACACUGUUCUGAUUCUGGAGAAGAGAUCUGUGCAGAUCAGUGACUUGUCCCCAGGCACAGCCUACCUAUUCAGGGUACAGGCCCUGAGCCCCGAGGGCAGCCCUGGAGGAUCCAGCAUAGAGGAUGAAUUUGAGACCCUGACUGAAGUGCCACUGUCCCAGAGCAACACUGGGGUCAUAUUCGGAGCAGCAGUUGGCGGAGCGGCCAUGUUGAUGAUUGUGGUGGUCGUCCUGCUCAUACGCAAACGGAGAAGGCGAUCUCAUACAAGACAAGGACCAGAGGAUACUUACUUCUCUAGCUCAGAGCAACUGAAGCCGCUGAAGACCUACGUGGAUCCGCACACAUACGAGGACCCCAACAUGGCCAUCCUCAAGUUUGCCAGCGAGAUCCAUCCCAGCCAUGUGACCAAGCAGAAAGUGAUUGGAGCAGGGGAGUUUGGAGAGGUGUACCGUGGUAUUCUGAAAGCGCCAGGGCGGAAGGAGGGGGCGGUGGCCAUUAAGACGCUGAAGCCGGGCUACUCAGAGAAGCAGAGGCAGGACUUCCUGUCAGAAGCGAGCAUUAUGGGACAGUUCUCCCACCAGAAUAUAAUUCGCCUGGAGGGAGUCGUCACCAAAUUCAAGCAUGCCAUGAUUGUGACUGAGUAUAUGGAGAACGGCGCACUGGACAAGUACCUAAAGGAUCGUGAUGGCGAGAUGCCCUCCUUCCAGCUGGUGGGCAUGAUGCAUGGCAUCGCCGCUGGCAUGAAGUACCUGUCUGACAUGAGCUACGUUCACCGGGACCUGGCUGCCCGCAACAUCCUGGUCAACAACAACCUGGAGUGUAAGGUGUCUGACUUCGGCCUGUCCCGAGUGCUGGAGGACGACCCUGAGGGCACCUACACCACCAGUGGUGGUAAGAUCCCCAUCCGCUGGACAGCCCCAGAGGCCAUUGCCUACAGGAAAUUCACCUCGGCCAGCGACGUGUGGAGCUUCGGCAUCGUCAUGUGGGAAGUCAUGGCCUUUGGCGAGCGGCCCUACUGGGACAUGAGCAACUGCGAGGUGAUGAAGGCCAUCAACGAGGCGUUCAGGCUGCCAGCGCCCAUGGACUGCCCAUCAGCCGUCUACCAGCUCAUGCUGCAGUGCUGGCUGCAGGACCGCUCCAAGAGGCCCCGUUUCCCGGACAUCGUCAGCCUGCUGGACAAGCUGCUCAGGAGCCCAGAGUCCUUGAAGGCUAUCGCAGACUUCGACCCCCGCGUAUCCAUCCGCCUGCCCAGCACAAGUGGUUCGGACGGCUCACCCUUCAGGUCGGUGUCAGAGUGGCUGGAGUCCAUCAAGAUGAGCCAGUACAGUGAGAACUUCACCUGCGCUGGAGUGGUCACCAUGGACCAGGUGCUGCAGAUGAAGAAUGUGGAUAUCAAGAACAUUGGCGUAAGACUGCCCGGCCACCUGAAGAGAAUUGCAUACAGCAUCCUGGGCUUGAAAGACCAGACCAGCACCCUGAGUGUAUUUGCAGUGUGACCCAAUGCUAGUGGUGCAGGAAUAUGAGUUGGGCAGCACUCUGACUGAACUUUGAACUCUGUGUUGGACUGGAGCGGAGCUGCGGGGACGGCUUUGGACAGACAAACAGAACUUCUUAGGGGCAUGGUCUAGCCAAAAGAGACUGAAAAUACUGUACAAUCUUAAAGAUUUCUAACAGACUUGUUAAGCGUAUCUAAAAA